AAAUUCUCAGCAAUAUGAAGUGCGCUUUAAUAACAUUCAAUAUUAUCCAUUAUAAAAUUAAGUAGCUACUUAUGUUGACCCCCCUCGCACACGCGCGGGCACACACACUCCACGAGACCUUAUUAGCAGGUCAAAUAAAAGUCGCUCAAACUUGCUUGCUUUGGUAAAUUAACGCUCACUCAGAUGAGGGAGAUGUCCGGCUAUUGCAGUAGCUAUUGGCCAAGAGUUAGAGGGCACGUCAUCCCCAUCCAUCACCGAUCGAAUGUUUCUAGAAGGCAUGCCCCUGUCGGUGCCUGUCCUUUUGCGCGCUAUGUGUGGCGUCUGUGGAUGGAGUUUCUGUCGCGUCCAUCCUGGGAUGAAAAUCUGGAAUAUAUAAGAUGCAGUCAUGAAUUCUUAUCAAGGGUUCAGGGACACAACGUCACUCUUCAUCAAGGGCUAUCAUGCUACUGGAGUUAUGCGUCUGCAUCAGGACCACGAAUCUACUACUGACUUCCCAAGCAGAGAGGAGGGACGUGUCAACACCGAGGCGGAUUUUCUUCGGUAUCAUUUCACGAAUCUCAGUGCCACGGCCACAGGCGCGUGUUCAAAGCCCUGUGAGGACCCUGCCCGUGCUAACUCGACCAGACCCCCCUUCCCCCAUAAUCAAGAUUUCUAUAGACCAGUGCACCCCAUCCGACCCCAAGUCCCCUCCUUCCAAAGCUGCCGUGAGCAGGGUCUCUCCAGAACGGGCUUCUCCUCUUCCUCAGACACUUUAAGAACUUUCUCCGGCGCGCAUUGUGAACUCGGCACUGUCAACAACACGCACCUCGAUGUGCACACAUGCGACGGCCCAGUGCUUCACCCAGCAGUUGAGGACAAUAAUACGAGACACGAGGCUCUAAACACGUUAAAUGAGACACUGCGAAGUGGAAAGACUUUCAAUUGGAUGAGAGUGAGGAGAAAUCAGUCCCGUACAGCUAAGACACAUCUGGACCCGGAGCUGAAGAAUGACCACGGACGAGAUCCUGACGAGGACCCCUCGAGUGGAGCACCACGAACAAAUUUUACAACCAAACAACUCACAGAACUGGAAAAGGAGUUUCAUUUCAACAAAUAUCUGACUCGAGCAAGACGGCUGGAGAUCGCAAACACUCUCCAACUGAGCGAAACACAAGUGAAGAUCUGGUUUCAAAACAGGCGCAUGAAACAGAAGAAAAUGCUGCGGGAAGGCAUAUUUCCGGGAUUAUUGCUGAUUUCUGGGUGUGAUGAGGAUUCGAAAAAAACAGACACUUGUUCAUCUCCUGACAAAAGAUCAUUUCUAUUAGGGUAAGACUGUUGGGACGGCUGCUAGGCUACACAGAAAUCCGAACGAUCACGUGAAUAGCAUGCGUUAUAACAAGAGAGUGAACGAUCAAAAUAUAUUUACACACCCAAAAUGAAGUUUUGACACCAAGCAUAAAUAUUUAUUUAUCGAUACAAUUGUUUAAGAAAAUAAAGCAGUAACUCGCUAUGAUAAAAAAAAAAGGAGUUUGCUCACCUGUUGAAGCAAGCGGAUUUAUUUAA